AUUUUGCUCGCUCUAUCAUGAUUUCUUGUUUGGCCAGCCGCAGCAGAGUGCAUGUAUCACGUGGCACAGCAGCAGCAGUGGCAGCAGCACCAGUAGUAACAGCUGGCUGAUUCAGGCGUAUAUAAACGGCGAGCAGCAUCGGUUGCGCCUCUGCUAUUUACUCUAGGUUUAUCUUCUCGCAAUUAUUCAAACAUGUCAGCGAGCGAAAUUCGGCGACGGUAUCUAGAGUUUUUCGAGCGCAACGGGCACAAGCGACAGCCCUCCUCGGACAUUGUGCCGAAGAACGACUCGACAUUGCUAUUCACAAACGCCGGGAUGGUUCCGUUCAAGCAGUACUUUAAGCGUCCUGACACGGCGCCAUUCAAGCAGGUCACGACAGUGCAAAAGUGCGGGCAGACGCCGCGUCACCACACGUUCUUUGAGAUGCUGGGGAACUUUUCGUUCGGCGCCUACGGCAAGCGUGAGAUCAUCCACAUGGCAUGGCGGUUCAUCACCGAGGAACUGCAGCUGCCGCAGGAGAAGCUGCGGGUGACAGUGCACACGACGGACCAGGAGGCGUACGCGAUCUGGCGGGACGAGAUAAAGCUUGACCCACUGCGGAUUGUGCGGCUGGGCGACGAGGACAACUUCUGGAGCAUGGGGGCGGGCGAGGGCCCGUGCGGUCUCAGCUCGGAGAUCUUCUGGGACACGGGCAACCCGCGGUAUACGGAGCACGACGAGGAGCGCUGGCUGGAGUUCUGGAACCUGGUGUUCAUGGAGAACUACCGGGACGCCAAUCGGCGGGCUAAGCAGGCUGGAUGUGCCGUACGAUCAUCCGGUUCAUUGGUCACGCUGCAGAAAGGUGAGACGGAUCCCCUGACACACAAGCGCGUCAUUGCCGACCACCUGCGCACCAGCGCUUUCCUGAUCUCUGAAGGUGUCUACCCGGGCAACACCGGCCGUGGCUACGUCCUGCGUCGCAUUAUCCGCCGCGCAGUGCGAGCUGGGCGGCUGCUGGGCAUCACGGGGCCAAUUCUACCAACCAUCUACCCGAGUCUCGAGCAGGCCAUGGGUGCUGCGUAUCCGGAGCUGACCGAGCGGCGGCAGGCGAUUCUCAACGUACUGGCGGCUGAGGAGAAUGCAUUCUUGGGCACACUGGGCAAAGGCAUGGCGCUUCUAGAGGGCAUUUUCACAGCCGACAGGUCCAACAAGACGGUGUCGGCGCGAGACACAUUUGUGCUGUACGAUACGCACGGGUUCCCGGCUGACUUGACCGAGAUCAUUGCGCGCGACCACGGGUGGGCGGUGGAUGUGCGAGGGUUCGAGGAAAUGCAGCGCGAGAGCCGCCAGCGCAACAAGGCAUCAUGGAAGCAGGGUGCUGCUGAGGGUGGGGAGGCGUCGGAGCUCGAGGCUGUGCGCAUGGCGUGGCAGGAGGAUGUGGGCGUGGCAAGUCGGUUUUCGGGCUACCGGUUUGACCCCGAGAGUGACAUCAUGGAGGAGACUGCAAAAGUCGUCACGUUCCGGGCGCUGGCCAACGGCGACGGCGUAGCGGUUAUUGACCCAUGCCCGUUCUAUGCGGCGGGUGGUGGACAGGUGGCCGAUUGGGGCUCUGGCCGCACACACGAGUUCACUGUCAGCGACGCCCAGAGGCUGUCAGAUGGCCGCGCAACCAUCCUGUAUCUGCCCAGCGCCGAUGCUUCUUUGCUUAAGCCUGGUACUACAGUGACUGCAUCAGUGGACACGGGCCGGCGGUUGGGCAGUGCAGUGCACCAUACGGCCACGCACCUUUUGCAUGCAGCACUACGGCAGGUUCUGGGCGCGUCAGUUCUGCAGGCGGGCUCGCAGGUGGAACCCGGGAGCCUGCGGUUCGAUUUUUCCAGUGCACCAGUGACCCAGACGCAGUUGACCGAGAUCGCCGAUAUUGUGAACCAGGCGGCGCUGAAAAACGCACUUGUGCGUGUCAAGGAGAUGCCGCUGGCAGAGGCAAAGGCACACGAAAAGUACAAUGAGAAGGCCGUGCGUGUGGUGGAGAUUGCUGGGCAUUCGCUGGAGCUGUGUGGUGGCACACAUGUGCUUACCACCGGCAACGUGUUCCCGUUCCAAAUCGUCUCGGAGGGCUCAGCCUGGCUGCAAAAGCAGCUCACGUAUGCAACCGCGACUGCCGCCAUGGAGGACAAGGCACAAAAGCUGCAGCUUGGGCAGCGCGCUGCAAUUGCUGACGCUGAGCGCUGGCGGCAGAUCGCUGCAGAAAACCUGCGGGCGUUCACGCGGACUGUGGAUUUUGCUGGUACCCCGGUCGCCAUUCAUGUACUGCCGGAUGCGCGGCUGGUCAAGGCGCGUGUUGAGCAUCUGUGCAAUGCCGAGCCACCCUCGGUGCAUUUGGCAGUGCUGGGAAGGGCGGGGGUGCAUGCUGGGCGGCUGCUGGCCGAGGUGUUCAAGGUGCUGCCGGGCAGGGGCGGCGGCCAGGGUGCGAUCGCACAGGGGCAGUUUAGGGAUCCUGUGGACGCUGAAUUGCUUUUGUUUGAGUAGACAUGUAUGGCGCUUUUUUCUUCUUUUGCUGUUGGUCGGCAAACCCGCUCAAAUAACAUGACAUUCCCUGGUUCGGGCAAACUGACUAUCCCACCGAUGCUGCGUUCACACAUAGACUUGGGUUGCGGAAUUACGAGAAGCCUCG